GUCUAUGACCCAGGAUGACGGGGACAGCGAAGACGGUGAACUCCCUUUCCCUGUGAUCCCUGUGGACCCAGGCACCUGCGUGCUCCCCAAUGCUGCACUGUGCACGUUCACUGUGCUUGAUGGUGUGCUUGUCACCCUGGUGGAGGGCCCUGCCCAGUGGAAGAUGCAGCUGUUUGAGCGUCCCUGUCCAGGGCAGGACCCCUGGUUGGGAGGCCAGAUUGGUGAGGUGGAGUUGUCCACCUACACCCCCCCAGCUGGGGUCCCAGGGAAGCCUGCAGCUCCCCACUUCCUUCCAGUACUGUGCUGUGUGUCACCACCAUGCUCCAGGGUCCCGCAUGGUCACCUCUGGGGCUCCGGGAGCUUCACGCUAGAGGAGACCCUAUUUGGGCUCCUCUUUGGAGCUGAUGCCACCCUCCUAGAGUCUCCUGUAAUUCUCUGUGGUCUCCCUGACGGCCAGCUCUGCUGUGUAAUUCUAAAGGCCCUGGUUACCUCCAGGUUAUCACCUGGUGACCCAAAGGCCUUUGUCAAGAUCCUCCAUCACCUGGAAGAGCCUGUCAUCUUCAUAGGCGCCUUGAGGACAGAUCUGCGAGCUGAGGAAGCUGCAGAGGAAACGCUGUCUGGUGAGGAUGUGCGCUCUGACUGCCUGGUGGCCCUUGGUCACCAUGGCCGGACGCUAGCUAUCAAGGCCAGCUGGGACCAGUCCGGGAAGCUGGUACCGGAGCUGCGGGAAUACUGCCUGCCAGGCCCUGUACUCUGUGCCGCCUGUGGUGGAGGCGGCCGCAUAUACCACAGCACCCCCUCUGACCUCUGUGUGGUGGAUCUGGCUCGGGGAGGUGCCCCUUUGGAUGCUGAGCAGCCCAACGGGGGCCCAGGAGGCCUGCCCCCACUGCUGUGUCCAGCCAACUUGAAUAUCUGCAGUGUCCUCACUCUCUCUGUGUUAUCCAGGGCACCUGAAGGUGGCACUGAGCUCCUGGCCCUGUCUACCAAAGGCCGCCUGAUGACUUGCAGCCUGCACCCGCACACUGAGAUGUCCAGCCCUGCCCAGAUGACUAUGGCAAAUGCAGGCGAGAAAAUUAAGGAGCUGCUCUCUGGAAUUGGUAACAUCUCUGAGAGAGUAUCUUUUUUGAAGAAAGCGGUUGACCAGCGAAAUAAAGCCCUGACAAGCCUCAAUGAGGCCAUGAACGUGAGCUGUGCACUGCUGUCGAGCCGUGAGGGUCCCAGGCCCAUCUCCUGCACAAUCACCACUGCCUGGAGCCACCUGCAGAUGCAGGACGUGCUGACGGCCACCUGCCUGCUAGAGAAUAGCAGUGACUUCAGCCUAGACCAGGGCUGGACCUUGUGCAUCCAGGUGUUCAGCAGCUCCUCCGCCCUCGACCUGGACUCGGCCUGCUCGGCCAUCACAUACACCAUUCCCGUGGACCGGCUCAGCCCUGGUGCUCGGCGGGAGGUGACACUGCCCCUGGGCCCUGGCGAGAACGGCAUGCUUGACCUGCCAGUGACUGUGUCCUGCAUGCUCUUCUACAGCCUGCGGGAGGUCGUGGGCGGGGCCCUUGCCCCCUCAGACUCUCUUGAGGACCCCUUUUUGGAUGAGUUUUCCCCCGAUGUCCUGCCUGAGCAGGAGGGUGUCUGCCUGCCCCUGAGCAAGCACACAGUGGACAUGCUGCAAUGCCUGCGCUUCCCAGGCCUGGCCCCCCCCCACAUGCAGGCCCCUUCCCCACUCGGCCCUACCAGUGACCCCGUGGACACCUUCCUGGAAACUUGCCGAGAGCCAGGCAGCCAGCCGGUGGGGCCUGCCUCCCUGCGGGCUGAGUACUUGCCCCCGUCUGUGGCCUCCAUCAAAGUGUCAGCGGAGCUGCUCAGGGCUACCUUGGAGGAUGGCCACUUAGGUACUUCCCUGUGCUGUGCCACCUUGCAGUGGCUCCUUGCUGAGAAUGCUGCUGUGGAUGUCGUGAGGGCCCAAGCGCUGUCCUCCAUCCAGGGAGUGGCCCCAGAUGGUGCUGAUAUCCGCCUCAUCAUCCGUGAGGUGGCCAUGACUGACCUGUGCCCGGCAGGCCCCAUCCAGACCGUGGAGAUCCAGGUGGAGAGCUCCUCUCUGGCCGACAUGUGCAGGGCGCACCACGCCAUCAUCAGGCGGAUGCAGACGAUGGUCACGGAGCAGGCCGCCCAGGGCUCCAGCCCUCCUGACCUCCGCGUGCAGUAUCUCCGCCAGAUCCACGCCAACCAUGAGACUCUGCUGAGGGAGGUGCAGACCCUGCGUGACCGGCUGUGCACAGAGGACGAAGCCAGCUCCUGUGCCACCGCCCAGAGGCUGCUGCAGGUGUACAAGCAGCUGCGCAACCCCAGCCUUGUCCUGCUGUGACCAGGUGUGUCCCGCCCC